GUAGCUUUCAACCCGACUAUGACAAACUACCAGAAAAUCAGGGAACACAAGAAAAACAACGUGUAAUUUUCAAACUUUUAAUGAAGAAUUGAAACAUAAUGUUUGUCAACCUUUAAAGUUGUAAACUAGAAUGUCUGAUAAAGAUUCCUUGAAUUUAUUAUCUCUAGAUAAAAGGAGCUAUUUCCUGUGAUAAAUUAUUGUGCCACUGUUAAACAUUAUAUUGCUUCUGUGAUACAAGGAGGUUGCAGAGAAUGGGUGAAAUUCUAAGCAAACCCUGGAGAAAUCCAUCAGACUUGACACUAGAGUUGGAUGAAAAGUUGCGAAAAGAAGUUGUUGACAUUCAAAAGGACAGAAAACUGAAAAGAAAGCCAAACAUCUUAGUUUUAGGACCCGUAGGUACAGGGAAGUCAUCUUUCAUCAAUUCGGUUAUAUCGGCUUGCAGAGGAAGAAUUGCAAAAGAAACUAAAGUUAGAGAAUUGAAAACGAGCUGCACAAGACAGUAUGCUCAGGCUGCCGCAACGGACCCUUCGAUUGACUUUGUAAUGUUUGAUACUUUUGGCGUAGCUGAAAAAUCCUCACGUGGAUUUAACGUCAAUGAUGUGGUGUCCGUCAUAAAAGGACAUGUGAGACCAGGUUAUACCUUCAAAGAAGAUGAAUCCAUAACACCUGACAAUAAAACAUAUUACAUCACUGACCCGAAGAAAGAAGACCAGAUUCACUGUGUUGUCUUUUUACUGAGUGCAUACGAUGUGCAUCGUGGAUAUCUCAGUGACGUUUACAAGGAUAAAUUAAAGGAUUUGCAAAAGAAAGUUGAGGAGCUUGAAAUUCCAUUUCUCGUUGUACUGACCAAAUGUGAUCUCAUAUAUGGAGAUAUCAAGAAGAUUUUUAAGAGUCGAGACGUAUAUAAAGUUACAGAAGCUGCAAGGAAAAUAUUCGAAGUUCAGGAAAAUGAUGUCUAUCCUCUGAAGAAUUACAACACAGAAAUUAUGUCAGAUCCAAUGGUUAAUAUACCAAUACUUCUGGCGUUAAAGCAAAUUCUUUAUCAUGCUUAUGAUUAUCAAGACAGACAUGACAGAGUAAAUUAAGCACGAUAUAGAGACAACCAUCAAACUAUAGCCGUAGUUAUCAAGUCCAACAAAAUUUUGCCGAAUACAUUUCUUAAAUACAUUUAAGUCUCUAUGUCAGAUAAAUCCUAAAAUCCAAAAUUAAAGCAAUCUACGCGAAAACCAAAGAAAAAAAAAGCAUAACAAUAUUCGAUUACAUGUAAAAGUGAAAAUAUGUAAACUAUGUCACAUUUUGUACCUCCUAGUAUGACUUUUAAGGAAAUGAGCUAAUAAUUAAGAUACAGUCUACCUAAUUGCUGCUUAUUUUAUAAAAGUAGUCCUCUACACAACAUUUUACAGAAUGUUUCUCCUUAGGAAUAAUUUUUAUUUAUUUUGCUUAUUUCUUUUGUUUGCUUCAACAAUCUAGUUCUUAAGGUAGGUCGCUACUUUUCAGCAAAAUAUCGGCAAAAUCUCAGAUCUUGAUAAUUUUUGGUAUACAUGAACACAAAUGCAUUAGCUUUCGUUUAGUAGCGUUAUUCUGUAAAUAUACACCGUUAUUUUUGAGCGCCACCUAGCGGUAUAUGUAAAACGGCGUCUUUUUUACAUUAAAUACAUCUGAUUUUAACAUUUGUUAUCCGAUUUCAUUGGUUAAAAGUGUACACUGUUGUGUUGAAGUACGUCUUUCUGAAGAAUAUGAUUUUAAAAUAUUUUAUUGAUGUUCCACGGUCCUGCAGUUCAGUUUUCCUCCCGACCGACGUCCAUAACCGUUAAAAAUAUCGCACGGCAUUUUAAAGAAAAUGGAAAAAUAAGCCAAAUUUUAAACGAUAGAUUUCGCUAUAAUUUUUUUCUCGUAUAGUCAAAAGACAAAGGAAACUAUAAAUGUAAUAAAAAAUAGGGGUCAAAGUGUAAGUUUUUAAAAUAUAAUCGUUUCAAAAUGAAUUUAUAGAUGAAAUAUGUGUUACGUUACUGUAGACGUCAUUUACUUUUUUAUAUUCCAUGUAGCUAUAUAGCUACAUUGGCUACUUGACCUUGAAUGUAAGAAUUAAAAACUUUCGAAAGUUAACAAAUGCAACAAGGCUUUUUUAAUAUUAUUAAUGACAAUGGUGAUUUAUUUCCAUUAUUGUAUAUUUGUAUAUCAAGCAACAUGUGACGCGUUCUUAUAAUGUAUGCUUUUAAGCAUAUCUUAUUUUUGAAACUGACAAAUCUCUUUUCAUUUUUAUCAUCCACUUUUUGCGCAAAAAAGUUGUACACUGCUGAGGAAAUGACGUCAUUAAGUAUAAACAGCAAACGAUAAAAGUAACAAGAAAAAAGGGAAAAUUUUCUUCGUUAAAUAAAGAAUAACGCAGAGAGAUUUUAAAACAACAUUCGUUUAAGAACCCGACUACUGUACAGACAGAUAAUGCUUCAGAGACUGCCCCGCAGACGACUCGGAUCAGAUUUCCAGGAAUCGCGAGCGAAGAAUAGUGGAACUGAAAUUCCUUGCAAGUGGUUUAUCUUGCCACAACUGGCGGGAACACCUGCAUUUGUAGGACAUUGAAAAGGAGAAACGAUUUGGCCUUGCCUCUAUUUCAGACAUAAAUGUCGAGGCUGUACUAUGAUAUGUUCGGUAGCGACAGGGAAAAUGCACAACAUAGAUGGAUCAGGAGCGGCCCGAUGCUUAGAUAUUAAUACCAAACUCGCUGCUGGUUUGAGUAAAAUUUCAGUGUUUUAGUUAAUUCUAACACUUUUGAUUGUUUUACUUUGAAUAGAUGAAUAGAUUUUCUAACAAAUUAACGUGCACACCGUAGCAUCGCGGCCAAUGUACCCCAUUCAUUUGGGUCACAAGAUGCGUGUGCUGAUCACGAGUGGUGUCGAUUCAAACUAGAGAAAGAUUACAAGCGUAAGUCCCUUUCACACUGCAAGGAUUUAGCAGACGACUUUUUCAAGAAAAGACCUAGAGGACCUUAUGGGAAAAUAUACAACACCUGCUGAAACUUGCUGAACUACAGUCAACUAAUUCAGUAGAAAAUAUGAACCAGUUGAUUGCAAGAAAGGCUCCGAAAUCAAUGUAUUUCUCAGGUUCGGAAAGUCUUGACUAUCGUGUUUCUGCAGCCGCAACACAAAAGAACGAAGGAAGCAGCUAAAUAUUCACGGUACAUAUGACCUUAAUUCUUUAUUAUUCAAUAAUAAUAAUACAAUAAUACAAAAACAACAAUAAUAAUAAUAAUAAUGAUAAUAAUAAUAAUCCUAUGAGAGACUACGUCAGUCACGCACACUAUGUGAUACAGUACGCGGACAUGCACUGUAACAGGUUAAUGGCGUGCGCAUGUGAUAGCCUGAAGGUUAUAGGUCAGUAAUUUAAAUCCUUCUUUGUUUCAUAUAAAAAACGACAAUUUCAUGUCGUCUUUACGUAUCUUUAGAGAACAUCACUUUUUCCUACACCAAUUUUUCAUGAAAGUUCUAUCACAAAUUAACGCAAAAAUGAAAAGAAAAUAGGUGGUUGAAUAGUUCCUAGUGAAAUGCCAGUCAGUUGUGGUCUGCUACCCUAAAAAUGGCGCAUAUUUGCUCUCCUCCGCGCAAUAAAUACUUACUUCCCGUUUCGAUCUGCAAAACAUGCCAUGUGGGUUGUAUGAACAUGAAAACCGUCUCAUUUCAUGCAGCAUGUAUUCUAGUAGCGAAAAAGUGUGAUUAAAGCACUCGUUCCACACGAAUUUGCGCAGAAAAUGGAAAAAAAAUUAGGAUAUAUUUAUUAUGGACUUCUUUCGUCUACACCACGGAAGCACAUUUUCGACCGAAUUACUGACCUUAUUCCUGAAUACAUCUACGUCCGGGUCAGUCAAGUCAAAUUCCUUUUACAGUGAUUAUACAUGGAAAUAUGAGGAACAUAUGUACAAACAUUUUUACGUUACACGUAUAUAAAGUAAAAGGUAUAGAUAUAAUUCAACGAUACUUGGCGACACGUGACUUGCCCGUUAUCCUCAGCGGUUUUUGCAUUUAGGCGAGUAUAAUUCGAUUUAAGGCUUUGAGCAGUGAAUGCACUUUCAGCAUCUGGAACUUCUAAGGAAGAGGCAACUAGCUUGGAUAUGAAUAUAUCACAUCGAGGAGUUAUACAUGUGCGCAUGUGAUAGCCUGAAGGUUAUAGGUCAGUAACUCAAAUCCUUCUUUGUUUCAUAUAAAAAACGACAAUUUCAUGUCGUCUUUACGUAUCUUUAGAGAACAUCACUUUUUCCUACACCAAUUUUUCAUGAAAGUUCUAUCACAAAUUAACGCAAAAAUGAAAAGAAAAUAGGUGGUUGAAUAGUUCCUAGUGAAAUGCCAGUCAGUUGUGGUCUGCUACCCUAAAAAUGGCGCAUAUUUACUCUCCUCCGCGCAAUAAAUACUUAACAUGCCAUGUGGGUUGUAUGAACAUGAAAACCGUCUCAUUUCAUGCAGCAUGUAUUCUAGUAGCGAAAAAGUGUGAUUAAAGCACUCGUUCCACACGAAUUUGCGCAGAAAAUGGAAAAAAAAAUUAGGAUCUAUUUAUUAUGGACUUCUUCCGUCUACACCACGGAAGCACAUUUUCGACCGAAUUACUGACCUUAUUCCUGAAUACAUCUACGUCCGGGUCAGUCAAGUCAAAUUCCUUUUACAGUGAUUAUACAUGGAAAUAUGAGGAACAUAUGUACAAACAUUUUUAUGUUACACGUAUAUAAAGUAAAAGGUAUAGAUAUAAUUCAACGAUACUUGGCGACACGUGACUUGCCCGUUAUCCUCAGCGGUUUUUGCAUUUAGGCGUGUAUAAUUCGAUUUAAGGCUUGAGCAGUGAAUGCACUUUCAGCAUCUGGAACUUCUAAGGAAGAGGCAACUAGCUUGGAUAUGAAUAUAUCACAUCGAGGAGUUAUACAAUACUAACAUUUUUACUCGCGCUUCGCACUCGUAAAAAUAUUUAAUUGUAUCACCUGUCGAUCAAAUCUAUUUCAUAUCCACUUAAAACAAAUAAAUAUCAUGUAUGUACAUUUACAAUUUUGUUGAUGGUGAAAUACAGUUCAUUGUCAUCUACGCUGUCAUUUAAACUGUUCGGUAGAAAAAUCUAUAUUAAAGGUGGAAAUCUUGAUGUUAAUAACAAUAAUCGUAGUCGUUUUUUUUGUUCAGGGGUAGAUGCAAAUAUCAUUCAAUUAGUUGCUUUAGAACUUCAAUCUGAGCGGACAUUCGAAACCUAUGUUUGCCCACCAUGUGGUAAAAUUCCAAAAGCCGUUACUAAGUUAACAAAUAUUGAAAUACACAGGAUCAAUAUGUUCUACGGAUUUAUUACAAGGCACACAGUGCAGAUGAGGAUGUACUUGCGUUAAAUAAGCUAGUGAAAACUGUUCACAAUUUAGAGGGAAAAAUAAAGACUUAUUCAGCGGAUGAAAUUAAAAUAAAAUUAGAAAGAAGUGAAAACCAGAAAAAGAAUAUGAAUAACUACGACGAAAUUCUCGCUAAAAAGUUAAAGUAAAAUCAAAAGCCAAAAAUGUUAUCUUCUGCCGGUAUUUCAACGAACCACUUGAAGAUUCUACACAACAGAUCGGGAUAUGACGGGUUGUACAUUUUGUUUCACAAGCUUUAAUCGGCCCCUGAAAAAAACUGCAAAGGAUGUUGUAAAAUAUUUUGACGAAUUGAAAGACACUACUGAUUGAUGUUGAAUUUUAUUUAUUUAUUUUGUUGGGUUUAACGUCGCACCGACACAAUUUUAGGUCAUAUGGCGACUUUCCAGCUUUAAUGGUGGAGGUAGACCCCAGGUGCCCCUCCGUGCAUAAUUUCAUCACGAGCGGGCACCUGGGUAGAACCACCGACCUUCCGUAAGGCAGCUGGAUGGCUUCCUCACGUGAAGAAUUCUACGCCCCAAAUGAGGUUUCGAACCCACAUCGAUGAGGGGCAAUUGGUUUGAAGUCAACGACUCUAACCACUCGGCCACGGAGGCCCCGAUUGAUGUUGAAAGAGAGAUAAAUGUAUUGGGUAUAUAAAGACGGAUAUACUGAAAAAUAUUCAGGACUGGUUUAUGUUACAGAUGCUUUUACUACAAAAUGUAUCAUAAACGUUAACUCCAUUUUACAAAAACUCCAUUAAACUAUCAUGUGAAUGCCUCAAUAUGCACUUUGACGUCGACGUCAAAAUAAAACCGUAAAUGACGCCAGUGUAUUAUCUAGAAAGUAAAAUAUUAAAAAAUCUUACCCUUUGACCUCUAUAUUUUAUUUUAUUUAUAUGAUAAUGUAUUAUUUGUCUACACAAUUUGAAGAUAUGAAGAAAAUCUAUCGUUCAGAAAUAGUGUAAUUUUACAGCAUUACUUAACAAAACUGGCGCAAUUUUAAGACGUCAAAACCGGGUUUGGGCUUAGAAAUAAAACUUUAUUGCUUUUAUUAUUUAAUACAACUUUAAAUACUUACAAAAGCUAUACAACCGAAUAUCUACUCUUUGAUAUAAGCCUUUAUUCUACAAAAUCGGUUAAUAAAUGUUAAAAUCAGA